GUAAUAUUAUACUAAAUUAUGCACGAAACUUCAAGGUAGAUGUGGAUGAAUUUGGUUUUAGUUAUCGUGCUGUGCACACUAGUUGUUUCUGUUAAGCUUCAGUCUUCUUCUAUAAAAGUUUCAGUUUAGCUUCUAGGUUCUACAUAAAAAGAGUAGAAUGUCUGAUUAUCUCCCAAAGGAAUGUCUGACAGAGAUACUGGUCAGAGUACCAGUGAAGUCACUGUUGAGAUUUAGGUGCGUUUCGAAAACAUGGGAUUCUCUCAUUUCUAGCCCUGCAUUCAUCACCACCCACCUCAAUCAUGCUCAUCAUAAAGCUAGCCAUGGUGAAAGAAGCAACCACCAGUUUAUUCUGUUUCGACACUACUCUUGCUGUGAUUCUAUUAGUGAAGACGACCAUGGUUAUCGAACUUAUAUCACUAGCAAAGAGGAAGAGUGCUUUGCUUUGCACAAGGAUGAUGAAUCCUUCCCCCACAAUCCCACCUUGAAACUCAACCCCCCACAUAACAGCUCUGGGAAGUACUUCCCGAUUGUGGGCUCGAUGAAUGGGAUAGUCUGCAUGAUCGACUGGAAUGAGUGUGUUUUUUGGAAUCCUUCUUUGAACAAAACAAUGAAGACCUCCUUUGAAACAGGAUUUCCAUCAUUCUUACCUGUUAAGCAUUUUCUUGGUCUCGGCUGUGACCCCAUUACCAAUGACCUCAAGCUGGUAAGACUUUUCUAUUAUAAGGAACAUGUCGUUCCACCUCUUGUUGAGAUUUUCACCCUCAGUACUAACUCAUGGCGAGAAGUUUCCGUCCCCGGUCCUAUGUAUAUUGUGGUGCAAAGUAAAUCUUCACCACAGGCCUUUGUGUCAGGUGCAUUCCACUGGGUUGCUUGUACUCCACCAGAACAGGGUUCUAUAUGCAAUGUGAUCGUGGCAUUCGAUAUGGCUAAUGAGGUUUUUUAUGAAAUUGCACUUCCCAGCUGUUUAGCUUCAAAGCGUCACUUGAAUAUGACAGUGGUUUUGUUGAACGGUUCACUUUCUCUGGUCCCAGAUAAUGAGGUCUAUGGAGACUCAUAUUACUCGAGCUCUGUGUGGAUCAUGAAAGAGUAUGGCGUGGCAGAAUCUUGGACUAAGCUAUUUGAUAUCGAUAUUGGUGAACAAGAAGUGAGAAGGGUGAUCACUUUCAGAAACAAUGGGGAACUUCUAUUGAUUAGCAAUCUGGGUGAACUGUUAUCAUAUGAACCCUAUACUCAAGAGACUACAGAUCUUCACUUCGGCAGGUAUAUAAGCUAUUCUGAUGCACCAACUUAUAAGACCGGCUCAUAUUUUGUAGAUACUCACAUGGAGAGCCUUGUUUUGUUGAAUGAAUGAAUGCACAUAAUGAAGACUAUUGGCUGGAAAAUUCCGAUGAUGAUGCUAGCUAGUUUUGCUUCAUCAUUAUAGCACUGAUCGCCAAACAUUGUCUGCCUUAAUUUUCUGUGCGCGCGCGCUUUAUCAAUAAUAAAAUUGCUUUAUCAAGAACAAAAGGCUUCUGCUGUUCAUUUCGGGUUAGCCCAACCACACUGCUGUUAUUGCUGUAACAGGAUUACAGAUUUAGUACAUUAUUAUCAGUGUAUCACAAGUUCACAACAAAAUAAGGAAUUGAUGUAAGUUUUUGCGUGAUGACUACAGAAACAGGUUUUAGUGACACUGAUUGCAGAAAGUUAAGCUUUAGUUGGCUACUAUUUAAUUACUUUAUGUGAUCAGUGUCACUAAAAUCUGGUAAUCAUUAUAUGGAUCCGUUGCGUUGAACUGUCA